AGCAACAACAAGAAAUACAAUAUACACUGAAUUGUCUCUACAAAAAAAAAGUUGUGGAUUUUUGACCAUCCUCCCCUUAUUCAGAAUAUCUUUAUUGUCAUGGCAUGCUUGGUUCAAUAGCUAUUGCUGAGAGAACCGAAUAUCCACUACUUUUUUACCUCGGACAUAAACCAUGACUUUGUGGCUGUCUUAACUAGUGACGACCGGCUAACUAGCAGCACUGCGGUUUGCUACUAGCUGUUACUGCACCCGGAUGCAUUUUCGAUAUCAUAGCUAGCUAUAGUUUGGAGACCGCGUCUAUCCUGCACUUCCCAAUGAAAAUCUGAUCUAUGUUUUUUCUGAAGAUUUUUUCAGAGGAAAAUAACAAUAAGAUGCUUUCAUGGGACUACAGAUGCCGAUGCCUUUGAUGGGAUUGUAUUGCAUGAAGCAUAAUGAGGGUGUAUUGAAAAACAGGACAGAACCUUAAUGUUAACAUUUGGAGGUCCUGAAUCUGCAUACUUUUGGGGGAAGAAGAUCUGCAUAAAAUGGAGAUGGAGGAAACAUGCGUUGUUAGAAAGAAUAUAGUCGAUUUUUAACCUCAGGCCAAAUCUUAUUGGUCUUAAAUUGUGUAUUGGGAAAAAGAUAUAUAUAAAGAUGACUUCGGAAGGAUACCAGUACAGAGCACUGUAUGACUAUAAAAAGGAGAGGGAGGAGGACAUUGAUUUGCAUGUAGGCGAUAUACUUGUGGUGAGCAAGGGUGCUCUGCUGGCCCUAGGCUGCCCUAAUUGGGCUGAAGAAAAACCAGAUGAGAUUGGGUGGCUGCCAGGAUUCAAUGAGACAACUCAUGAAAAAGGUGACUUUCCCGGGACUUACGUUGAGUUUGUGGGAAGAAAAAUAAUUUCACCACCAACACCAAAACCAAGGCCACCUAGGCCUCUUCCUUCCACAUCAGAUCUAGCCAGGACAGAUUCAGAAUCAGAGGGCUUCAUGUUGCCAGAUCUGCCAGAACAGUUUGCUCCUCCAGAGACUGCAUCACCUAUCCUGGUCAAGCUUCUGGAGGCAAUAGAAGGCAAAGGUUUGGAAUGUCCAACCCUUUAUAGAACUUUCACAGCAGCUUGUGGGCUGGAUAUGAGACAGUUCACUGACUGUGAUUUGGAGCCUUUGGACCUACAGUCGCUAUGUGAUGGCCUUUGGAGAUACCUGCAGGAUUUGCCUAAUCCAGUUGUUCCCACCUCUCUCCAAAGUGAGAUGAUUCAUGCAGCACAGGAGGUAAAGGAUCCAAAGGACUGUGCCCAGUUGUUGCGCAGAAUAGCCAGCUCAUCUAACCAUCCGCCCCAAUACUGCCUCACGUUCUACUGCCUCAUCAAACAUUUCUGCCGGAUUUCUCAGAACACCAGCAAAAACCAACUCUGCGUCAGAGACUUGGCGGAAAUCUUUAGCCCUGUGCUUUUCAGGCUUCAACCAGCAAGCUGUGAGGCCAGCCUGGAUUCCCUUAUCAAGAUUCUAGAGAUCUUGGUCAACAGUGAAUUGAGUGAAACCCAGGCUGCUCCAGCUUUGCCCCCGAAACCACCAAAGGCCACUACCCCAGUUCCAAACAACGGGUUCAACAACAACAUGGCCUUGCAAGACGGGGAGUGGUACUGGGGAGACAUCUCAAGGGAGGAGGUGAAUGAGAAGCUGAGAGACACAGCUGAUGGUACGUUUCUGGUCCGAGAUGCAUCCACCAAAAUGCAUGGAGACUACACACUGACUCUGAGGAAAGGAGGGAAUAACAAACUGAUCAAAAUAUUCCAUCGGGAUGGGAAAUACGGCUUCUCGGACCCACUGACAUUCAACUCGGUGGUUGAGCUCAUCAAUCACUACAGACACGAGUCCUUAGCCCAGUACAACCCAAAGCUGGACGUGAGACUGCUGUACCCAGUGUCAAGGCUCCAGCAGGACCAGGUUGUUAAAGAGGACAACAUUGAAGCUGUCGGUAAAAGGCUGCAGGAGUACCACCUUCAGUUCCAGGAGAAGAACCGAGAGUACGAUCGUCUGUACGAGGAGUAUACAAGAACAUCACAGGAAAUUCAAAUGAAGAGAACGGCCAUUGAGGCAUUCAAUGAAACCAUUAAGAUCUUUGAGGAGCAGUGCCAAACCCAAGAGCGCUAUAGCAAGGAGUACAUUGAAAAGUUCAGGAGAGAGGGUAACGAUAAAGAAAUCCAGAGAAUCAUGGGAAACUACGACAAACUGAAAUCGAGAAUAAGUGAGAUUGUGGACAGUAAACGGCACCUGGAGGACGAUCUGAAAAAGCAAGCAGCGGAUUACAGGGAGAUAGAUAAGAAGAUGAACAGCAUCAAACCUGAUCUGAUUCAGCUCCGCAAGACCAGAGACCAUUACCUAAUGUGGCUGACACAAAAGGGAGUGAGGCAGAAGAAGCUGAAUGAAUGGUUGGGUAUCAAGAAUGAAAACCCAGAGGAUGAGUACUCAAUGGUUGAAGAUGACGAGGACCUCCCACAUCAUGAUGAACGUUCGUGGAGGCUAGGCAACAUCAACCGGCUGCAGGCAGAAGCUCUGCUCCGAGGGAAGAAGGACGGAACAUUCCUGGUCCGGGACAGUAGCAAAGCUGGCUGCUACGCCUGCAGUGUUGUUGUUGAGGGUGAGGUGAAGCAUUGUGUUAUCAACAAGAGUCAUACGGGCUAUGGAUUUGCAGAGCCGUAUAACCUGUAUGGCUCCCUAAAAGAACUAGUCCUGCAUUACCACCACACGUCACUCGUACAGCACAAUGAUUCUUUAAAUGUCACGCUCGCCUACCCAGUUUACACACAGAAGAGGCGGUGAGUAACUCAUGGUGAGGACUUGGACUUCAUGAUGGACAAUCAAGAUAAUUUCUUUGGAAAUGCAAAUGCCUAGGAUGGUAUCAAUUAAAAAAGGGAAACAUUGGUACAGGUGUUUGACAUUUUGGAAAUUUUCAAAAAUCAGGAGAUGGUCCUCGUUUAAUCUUUUUUUGUGUUUUUUUUGUUUUUUCCUUUGGAUAGCCAUGAUUACAUAUGUGUGAGUGAGCAUGGUAUGUGUAGUCAAGCCUACUAAUUGAAAAAGGAGGAGAGACUUGAAGCAGCAUGUGACAUUUUAAGACCGGUUUUUCAGACACAGAUUAAGCCUGGUCCUGGGCUAAAAUGCAUGGUCAAUGGAGAGUCUCCAUUGAAAUUGCUUUUUAGUCCCGGACUAGGCUUAAUCUGUGUCUGGGAAACCGCAUUUUCAGUGUUUGCAUUUAACUGAAAUGUUUGGCUUUCAAUUACCAAAGUCUUCAUUCAACAUCCUGACACUGUCAAGUGUAAGUUUUUGUUGUGCUAUGCAAUGCUGUCUGCUUCUUCAGAAUUAAUAUGUACCCUAAAUAUAUUUGUAUUUUUUUUUUAAAUGAUUAUUGGCCAUCAAUGUAGGCUACCUAUUAGCUAGACAUGGUGUGGGACAUUUUUCAUUCUCUACUUCUACACACAAGACUUAUUUGGUUUACACUUUGUAAAAUGUUAAAAGCAUUCACAUUAGAGUAAUUUUAAAUGUAUUUAAAUAUAUAUAUAUAUAACACACACAGUACCAGUCAAAAAUCUGGACACCUACUCAUUCUUUAUUUUUACUAUUUUCUGUAGAA